UUCGGUCCUUCCGGGAUUUGUUAAUAAGACCUCAAACCGUCAUCGUCAUCACCUCUUCCCCGUACAACCGAUUGUAAUCUUCGUUCUGUUUGUUUAAUCCUUUUUAGGUAAUUCUUGUAAUUAUAGAUAAAUAAUCCAGUUCCUUCCCACCUCCAUAAUCAAGUGCUUUACCAAAUCUCCUACUCGGACGAUAUUUUGGCGUUUUGCUGUUUCGAUUCUGUUCCUUGGUGAGCUUCUUCGAAUGCCCUCUUGCGUUUCCAAGAUGUCAACCAUAGCAAGAAGAGGAAUCCAUUACCUGCAGAAGCUAAAUGCUGCAAACAUUCCCACUGAUUUGUUAGAGAAAGGCCAAAAUCGUGUGAUAGAUGCUUCACUAACGCUUAUUCGUGAAAGAGCAAAGCUCAAGGCAUAACUUGUGCGUGCUUUAGGAGGUGCAGAAGCAUGCCCUUCCCUUCUUGGAGUUCCUCUGGGUCAUAAUUCAUCAUUCCUUCAGGGUCCUGCAUUUGCACCUCCUCGCAUUAGAGAGGCCAUUUGGUGUGGUAGCACUAACUCAACAACUGAAGAAGGAAAGGAAUUACGUGACCCACGAGUGCUAACUGAUGUUGGUGAUGUCCCCGUCCAAGAAAUUCGAGAUUGUGGAGUAGAUGAUGACAUAUUGAUGAAUGUCAUUAGUGAGUCUGUUAAGCUAGUUAUGGAAGAGGAGCCAUUACGUCCAUUAGUUUUAGGUGGUGAUCACUCCAUAUCAUUUCCUGUUGUUAGAGCUGUCUCUGAGAAGCUGGGAGGACCAAUCGAUCUUCUUCAUUUGGAUGCACAUCCUGAUAUCUAUCAUUGCUUUGAAGGAAACAAAUACUCACAUGCAUCUUCAUUUGCUCGAAUCAUGGAGGGUGGCUAUGCUCGGAGACUUUUGCAGGUUGGUAUAAGAUCAAUAACAACUGAAGGGCGUGAACAAGGCAAAAGAUUUGGGGUGGAGCAGUAUGAAAUGCGUACAUUUUCUAGGGAUCGUGACCUAUUGGAAAACUUGAAAUUAGGGGAAGGAGUUAAAGGAGUAUAUGUUUCAAUAGAUGUUGAUUGUCUUGAUCCUGCCUUUGCUCCAGGAGUGUCUCACAUAGAACCAGGUGGUCUUUCAUUCCGCGAUGUUCUCAACAUUCUGCACGGUCUUAAAGGCGACGUCGUUGCUGCAGACGUAGUUGAGUUCAAUCCUCAACGUGAUACUGUUGAUGGAAUGACUGCCAUGGUGGCUGCCAAACUGGUCAGAGAACUGACUGCAAAGAUGGCAAAAUGAUAAAGAUAAUCCUGUCUUUUGAUUCUGAUGAAUCUGCAAUACAAAGGUUGCAGAGAGGAGAUUUUUGUUGAGCCUCAUUGAAUAAUCCAUGUUAGAGUUUGCAACUUAACAUGUAGUUUACUUCAGCUGCUGAAAAAUCCAUGGAAAAAGAUUAUCUUUGUUAGUUCUGUAGAUCAAUGUGACAACGGAUUGUUACACCUUCCUUGUUAGGAUAUAUUUGUCCCGUUUCCUCUC